UUAUGCUUAAAUAUUCAAAUUUGUCGAAAAAGAAAAUGUAUAAAUGGAUAUAUUACUUGAGCGUUUGAAACCGACAGCAUUUUAACACUGCCAACAAAGAACAAAAAGAACACCGAUCAACCGAAAAACACAGGAGAGUGUGGAGUCGAAAAUGGAUCUCCCUAAUCCACCUGAAGAUCCAGACCUGAAAAACAUAAUUGAUAAACUUGCCAAUUUUGUGGCAAGAAAUGGACCAGAGUUUGAGCAAAUGACCAAACAAAAACAGAAAAACAACCCACGGUUUUCUUUUCUGUUUGGAGGGGAACAUUUUCAUUAUUACCAAUACAAAGUAAACUCUGAAUCAGUCAAGUCGUUGGCCGAGUCUGGAGGAUUUAGUGGUCCACCUGUAAGUGAUGGUCCCCCUCAAACACAACCAUUCCCUGUCACACUUCCUGGUGUCCCGCCUGAAGUACCGCCUCCAUUCCUUGGAAACCCCGACAUUCUUAAUCAGCAAAAGCAGAAAGUAGUUCCCCAGCAGGUCAUCAUCCAACAAGUUGUUACCCAACAGGCCAUUCAGACGGCACCAUGGCAACCCUCACAACAGCUCGGCCAGCAAAUCACAGCCCUGCAGCAACAAGUUGCCCAGCAUCAACAGAUGAUGGAACAACAAAUCAAACAGAGCGAACAAAAUCUGAACGCUCAGUUCCAGAGUCUGACACAACAGCAACAGAGUCAGAUAGAGGACGCCAUCCUAAAGGCCAGGGAGGAUCUGGUACAGACUAUGUGUGACGAGUGUGACAUCAAAUUAGAGGAGUUUGAUUCCAUGGUUCAGCCAAUCAUAGAAUCCUGUACCAAAGACGCUAUUAUGAAUGGCAAAAGCUGGAUUUUCCAAAAAUGUACAACACAUAAGCACUGUCAGCUUUUAGGACUGUAUUUAUUACAGAGGAUUUGUGCCAAGGAUGCAAGGUUUGAGACCAAACUUCACCUCAUCUACCUGAUAAACGACCUGCUCCACCACUGUCAGAGGAAGAAUGCCGAAGACCUAAAGGAACACCUGUCUGGUAUAGUGGUACCUGUGUUCUGUACGGUCAGCCUGGGACUAGCAGAGGACAAGAAAAAUAAACUAACAAAGUUACUGAAUCUAUGGCAGCAGAACAAGUAUUUUGAUGUUGAAACCCUAGAGAAACUGAGGGAGCCUUCAGCCUCUUUGUCUGCGUACCAGGCAGCCUUGAUUACUGAACAUGGAGACAUUGUACGAAUGGUCAGCAACAAUGUCCAGCAGCAGUACAGUUCUCUACAGAAACAACAUCUGGACUUUACCUCUCACCUUAACAGCCAAGCUCAACAGAUGCAACAACAGUUACAGCAGCUAUUACAGCAACAACAGCAGCAACAGCAGGCACAACAACAAGCUCAACAACAGGCACAGCAACAGGCUGUGGCAGUGGUUGUUGCCACUGGGACACAGCAACAGCCCCUCACAUCACUACCUGGGGUAGCAAUGCCAGGUGUUCCUCAGUCUGUCAGUGUGGCGCCAGUCAUAUCAGCAGUACAAGUAUCAUCACAACCAACCGUCUUGUCUACAUCAAUCCCCUCGGGUCUGACUCCAGCCAGUGUGGUCACCUCGUCACUUCCCCCCACAUCCUCAGGACUGAUGACCACCCCACCACCACAAAUCACCACAGUUCAGUCGAUUCAGACGGGUCAGCCCCAACAACAGACAUCCAGAUUUAACCAACCUCCACCAGGAUUUGGAGCCCCACCCCCAGGAUUUGUGGCGGCACCUCCUCAACAGUUUGACUUUGCUGGUGCUCCCCAAGGUAUUGCAGGUGUUCCUCAGGGAAUACCUGGAGCUCCCCCAGGGCUACCAAAUGCACCCCCAGGGCUACCUAAUGCACCCCCAGGGAUACCGAAUGCACCCCCAGGGAUACCGAAUGCACCCCCCGGGAUACCAAAUGCACCCCCAGGGAUACCAAAUGCACCCCCAGGAAUACCUAAUGCACCCCCAGGGAUUCCUCAGGCUACUGGGUCCAGUGCCCCUCAAGGAGCACCAGGUGCCAUCGGAGCACCUGCAUUCUCUGCCAACUUCCAAGGACCACCCCCAGGACAGUUUGCACUGCCUGACCUGAGCAAACCUCCCCCAGGGUUUGCCAUGACUGCUCCACCACCUGGGCUGGGGCCACCGCCCGAGAUUGACCUGACGCCAUCAGUACCAUACUAUGAGCUGCCAGCUGGUCUGAUGGCUCCACUUAUAAAGUUGGAAGACCAUGAGUACAAGUCCCUGGACCCCAAGGAUAUCCGUUUGCCUCCCCCCAUGCCUCCAAGUGAGAGACUUUUAGCUGCUGUUGAAGCAUUCUAUAGUCCUCCAAACCAUGACCGUCCUAGAGACAGUGAGGGUUGGGAGAAACUUGGUCUGUAUGAGUUUUUCAAGGCCAAACAACGGGCACGCCGACUCAAGGAACAAGAUAGAGAGAGGAGGGGACUUUCUCCUGGGGGAAGUUCAAAUUCUAGUUCACGAUCACCUUCUCCUCAACCAUUACCACAGCUUCAACAGAACCCGCCAGAGCGGUCAAAACGAAGGUCAAGGUCACCUUCCCCUGUAAAAUCUAGAUGGAGAUACAACAGCGGAAACCAACAAAGCAGAUCAAGGUCUAGAUCACCUUCCCCUUCACAACAACAGAGAGGAUCAAUGAGGAGGGAAGAGUCCCCGCUACCCUACCUGCCUACGAGUCGCUCCCCCUCCCCGGUCAAGGUCACACAGAGACUGUCACGGAGUCCAACACCACCCCUUGGUACAUUUACCGACACCAAUGCAGCGGACAGUUUUAUGAGAGUAGGUGGUGCGGCUCCUCCACCCACAGAAGCCAAGCUUGGAAUGGACAACAAAGGGCAUCAGAUGCUCAUGAAAAUGGGAUGGGGAGGUCGAGGACUUGGUGCAUCAGAGCAGGGGAUAGUGAACCCCAUAGAGAGUGGUGAUGUGCGAGACCGCCAAGAUAUGUACAAAGGAAUUGGUAUAGAUCUCAAAGAUCCAUUUGAACAAUUCCGAAAAAGCAAGAGUCAUGGCUUUAUACAAAGGAUGAAGGCUAGAGACGAGUCAAGAGAUACUUCAUCUAAAUCCUCCAAAGAAGACUGACAUUUUAACAGGAAGGCAGCUGACGAAUAUGUGACCAGUGUGACAGAAGCUCCAGAUGGGACAUUUCUCAAAUUCAUUUGUACUCAUAAACAUUCAUUAAAAUUAUCAUCUUUAAAAGACAGAAUAU